CUUUUUUUUGAGACUACAUCGGUGCAUCGUGGACUCUGUCUGGCAUCGCUGCUAUAUAUUUCAAUUAUAUUUAGUAGGACGUGUCAGGGGUUUACAGCUUCAAGUGUACUUGAAACAAAAUAAUUUGUAAAUAUUAAUGUAGGAAACGUUGUGACGUGUAAAAGAAAAAAAAAAACAAUCGUAUGAAACGUAACGAGAAAUUCGUGUUUCUUAGUUUUUAAAUACUUCGUUGAUUCAUUGGGAACUGUGCUCCGUACUUGUAUUUGUGAACGCUUGACUUAUUAAUGGUGAUUCCAUAACAAAUGUAUAUUUGCAUGCCGCAGUUAUGUGCUUCCAUUGUGAAAACAUAAUUGUUUUAUGGUGAUAAUAUGUCAAAAUCAAGCAUAAGGAAAAUAACGGUUGACCCUACGAAAUGUAAUACAGACUCUCGUCGACCAAGUGUAUUUGAGAGGUUGGGGACAAAACCAGCAGUCACUGCCGGCCAAAAUUCUUCGGAUUAUUGCAGAAACUGGGCAUUGAAUGGCAGUUGUUCAUAUGGGAAGAAUUGCAAAUAUGCAAAUACUCACACGUUAAUAAGUCCAUCAAAGCGUGCCAAGAAGGAUAAUGCUAUUGCGAGUACAACAGGACUUAUUGAGGAUCCGUUUAAAAGGCUUACUUCUAAGAUCGUAAAAAAGGCAUCGCACAGUCCUGAUUUAAAUCUAGAAGAGUGGAAUCAGACAGAUUUGGAGUACGAGGACGAGAAAGUGUUGGAAAGGCGUAGACAGCUGUUACAACGUGAACUGGAGUUACAAAUGAAGAAAGAUAAAGAAGUUCAUGGAAAGGACAAAGUGAGACAGAAGAAAAAGGCAAUGACGUCUUCCUCUAGUUCUCGUACUUCAAGUACAUCUAGCAGUAGUACUAGUUCUAGCAGCGAGGAUUCGUCUUCUAGUUCAACGUCAGAUUCACGAAAGAAGGUUAAAAAAAUUAAAUCUAAACGGCAUCAUAGUGGUUCCACAGAUUAUGAUGAAGAUAAGGAAAGACGAAGAAAAUUGAAAUUGAAAAGACUUGGAACGAAGAACGAGAAACCGGCAGUUAAGAAGAAACGCAAGUUUGAAAGUAGCUCUACGAAGAAAGACGUUACUGCUAGGUCAACAAAGAAGUAUACCUCUACAACAACAUCAAGGAAACAUUCUUCUACUCCUCGCACAAGAUCACCGGUAAUACAAGUGCCUGUAACGGUAACAGUCGCAACAACGGCAGUGUUAGGUUCCUCGGUAUCUGUACCCCAUCAUGGAACAACUAACAAAGUUCGAGAACGAAAUAGAAGCGAAUCUCCAAAAGCAACAAAAAAUCGAGACGUCGAUAAAGAGGACAGGCAUUAUAAAAAAGUACGAGACGUGGACGAAUUAUCGAAAGAUAACACUAAGAAUAAAUCUCUUGAGAAAAACAAGGAGCAGGAUAAAGAAAAAAAUCGUGCAAUAGAUGAAAAAAUGAAACCCGAUGAAAGGUUAAAAGUGAAAUGUAAAGACAAGGAAAUACGCUCCAGAACGCCACCGACGUCUGAUAGAUCGAAACAUCAGCAUUCGAAGGAAACAAUUUCGACGAAAACACGUCGUAGUCGUACGCCUGAAAAAUCGUCAAAAACAAGACAAGAGCCUCCUUCGUCAAAGACCCAAGACAGACAGAUUUCCACAAAUAGAUCUCGAGAUAUAGAGAAGAAAGAUCGCGAAUCGCAUAAAAAUGAGAAAACCAAAGACAGGGAAGAUAUCAGAAAAUCUGAACAAAGUAGUAAAACCAGACAAAUGCCGAGCCAAGAAGAAAAUCAUAGAAGAAUUGGUAAAGAAUUUGACGACAAAGCUUAUGUCGGUGAUAAAACACGGCAAAAAAGUAGAGAGAGACGUGAUAAAGACCAUACGAGGGACGAACGUGGACAUUCGAGGCUUGGUAGAGAUCAACGAGACCUUCGAGACAAGGAUAAAGAAGAAUUACCGGAACGAUGUCGCGAACGACAACGAGAGAGGGAUCGUGAACGUGAUAGAGAUCGCGAACGCGAUCGUGAAAGGGACAGAGACAGGGAUCGUGAUCGUGAACGUGAUCGAGACCGGGAUCGUGAUCGGGAUCGGGAUCGUGACCGUGACCGUGAUAGGGAUCGUGACCGUGAUAGAGACAAAGAAUCAAUAAAACCAAGGGAUAGAGAUGUCCCGCCUCUGGUUCCAACCUCCAUAAGUUUAACAGCGGAUAAGAAUUCCCGUUAUAGUCGGGACAAAGAACGGAUAGUAGGAAAGGAUAAUGCCUUUGAGAAGAAUGGUACUCGUGAACGUAGAAGCGAUAGAGAAAGGGAACGAUCUGAAACGAAAGCACUUUCUGAUCGAGAUAGAACGUCUACCCAACGAAUUGAUAAUAGAUACGAUAGAAGUACUGUUGAUAAGGAUGCGUCUACACGUAAAGCAGGUGUAAAUUCACCGAGAGAUCGCGUUGAUCGUUUCCCGCGUGAAAGGUCUUUGGACAGAGCAUCUUUGAUCGAUAAAAAUGUACAUAAUGUGCCACCGCCGUCGCAAGCAGCUUCUUUACCACCUGUUCAAUCCUCCAUAGCGUCUUCAUCGUCCUCGUCCGCGCCAGCUACUCUAUCAACGUCGCGUGAUAACUUAAUCGACAGAAUAGAUCCUGGACAUUAUGAUCGAGAAAGGCAUCGACGAUUUAGUACAAGGUAUGAUCGAACUCAUACAGCCGAACAUGAUCAGUCGCGUAUUACACCAACCAAAGUUGAUCGUUUGAUCGAAAGACGAGAGACUAGUCCACGGCGUACUAUCGAAAUAGAUAGAAAUUAUAACAGAAAUUAUGGUCGAUUGUCUGAGCAUUGGGACGAACAAGAGGAGGCGUCGACGCAUUUGGAUUACCGUGAGCAUCAUGUUCACGAAGACGAUAGAAGAAAAACUGCUGAUGGAAGAAGAUACGAUAGCCCGUUCGACGAAAGACGUGGGAUUCGCGAAGAAAGAUCUCGAGAAUCCAGAUACGUUGUUCAAGCAACGGAUAGGACAUCUUUCGAGGAUCAUCGACAUCAUCACUAUCAUCACAGACACCCACUCUACCCUGGAGAGAAAUUAAGGAGCAAUGCGUCGAUUCGAGAUGAAAAUGUUCCCAACGAUGAUUGGGAUAAUCAUCAUCGUGAUGUGGAACACAGCAGAGAACGAACUUAUGGGCCAGUUGACUGGGAGGAAAGAGAAUGGCGAGUAAGAGCAUUGUGGGAUAGCAGAGAUAGUCUUCCCCGAUCGGAAGUGCACGAUGACGACUGGAAUUCUCGAUAUGACAAUUCUGUAUCGGACUGGAAGUCAAGCGACACCCGAAAAUGGGAUAAUCAAUCCGUACAUAUACGUGGCCAUUAUAGAAACGAUCGAUCGAAGGAAUUAGAAAUAGGAGAAUCUACGUCGCAUAACAAAAGGAGAUCUUAUAAUAGUUCUGAAACUAGAGACGAGUGUACAGUUCAUACCUCCAAACAAGCAUCCCUGUAUGGUAGCAUGAAAGAAGAACCUAUCAAUAAAAAAUUAAUGGAACUCGCUGAAGGUAAAAUAUCUACAACUCGGGAGAAAUCUACCGACAGUUUUCAAAAGAAGACAUUGCCGAAAGAAAAAUCGGAAGUAAAAGAAACGGUUACGAGCGAACCAAAACGUUCUUGUAUCGAUGAAUCUUUGCAAACUCUUCAUACCGAAAGUGAUCUUAGUGAUAUUAGUGAUGAUCCAGACGAUAUACUAAAUAUGGAAGAUAUUACGGAUGUUGAUACGAGUAAGACACGGGCAAAUAAGAAAACUCCCGAUAUUAUACAACGGGAUGUCCAGUCAAUAACUCAAGAGGCAGAUCCAUCGUCACCCAAGGAAACUAUAGAAGAAACAGUUUUUAAUACUAAAGGAAAAGAUAACACAGACACGAUGUCAUUUAGAAACAUGGAAGACGAUAAUAUGGAAACUAUGGACUUUGAAGAAAUUUCCGACGGUGAACUGGAAGAGGACAUUAAAACCAGUGGUAAAGGUUUAGGCGAUGCUUUAGGUGUCGAUUGGGAAAGCCUCGUGAAAGAAACACAACCACGAAGAUCUGUAUCGUGCAAUCAAAAUGCUGAAAACCGUUGGCAGUGUAAAGCGAUUCUCCAUAGAAUUGGCGUUUCAGCGAAAUACGCAGGCGACGAUCUAAUGAAAAAAUUAACAAAAAAAUAUGGAAAAGAUGAUCACUCGGAAUUUUUUCUUCACAAUAUUGCAUUUAUGCACACAGCACUUGCACGGAAUCGUCUGUUACAUGACUUGAACAAUGAUAUAUUGCCCGCGGUCGAUGAUUUUCUGUAUAGGAAUGGCAAUGUAAAUAGUGAAGAGGAUUGCGAGGACGUGGAUUACGAUUUAGAAGUUCUGAGACCUUGUACAACUUUAUACGAAGAGGCAAAAUGUUUGUUACAACAAACUGUGUGAAAAGAACUUUUACUUGUAGGACAUGACUAACGAAAUUGCACUUCGCUGCUAUAUUAUUAGUAUAUUUUAGGGCAAAAGUGCACCGAUUUGUUAUUAUUCAGCUAAACUAGUUCAGCCUAUUUAUCUAUUUGCUACAACUAAUUUAGCCAUUGGUGAUGCAAUGUAGAAAAAAAAAUUAAAUUGAUACAGUUUUUUAAAUACGUAACUCUUUGAUUUACCAUAACUGAAUAUCCUUU